UGGAGGGGGGAGGUUUUUGUUGAGGAGAGCGCGGCCGGAGAGCAGAGCUCCGGGACCCAGGUGACCGGGAAAGCAGGCAGCCCCAGCAGCGGGAGCAGCCAGCAGCAGCCCAGGCCCGGGGACCGGGGUGGGGGUGGGAGGGGGGCUGAGGGGAGGACCUGAAGGGGGGCGGCAGGGCAGAAGGGACCCCCGGAACCCUGCCGCCAUCAGAGAUCGAGCAUCUGGCAUCAGGGAUCUUCGGACCCAGCAGAAGCAUCAGCCACAGGGGAGGUGUCCUCUCAGGGAAGCCAAGGAGAGCUCCACCUGCCCCACAUCAGGAGUCCCCCACCCCCGUGCUGGCAACCAUAGCAGGCCUAACCCCUCAGCCUCCAUCCCUCUCGCCCUCCUCAGGCCCUUGCCCCCACCUCCAGCUCUCAUCUCAGCUCCCAGUUCCCAGCGCCCCUGCUACCACCCUACCCUCCAGGUCUUGGCCACACUGACCCCCAUCCUGGGCUAUUUGCCAAAUCUCUGGGAGGAGAUCGUUGUUUGGGCUAUGCCCCCUGGUGGCAUGACAGUGUCUGCCUAGACCCCUGACCCCUAGCCCCAACUCCCUGGCCUCCUUUGUGUGGAGAGCUGCCUCUCUGCUCAGCCUGUGGUUGGGGGCCCAAGGGAAAGCCAGCCCCCGCUGGGCCCCGGCCCCCACCACUUGCCUCCUUGCUGGGCAGCUCCCCCUGGCCUUCGGGCCUCUCCCUACUCCCCUCGGCCCCUCCUCCUGGGCCGGCCCAAUGAAGGAGCCGGAUGCCAUCAAGCUGUUUGUGGGGCAGAUCCCAAGGCAUCUGGAGGAAAAGGACCUGAAGCCCAUCUUCGAACAGUUUGGUCGGAUCUUCGAGCUGACAGUCAUCAAGGACAAGUACACCGGGCUGCACAAGGGAUGUGCCUUCCUGACAUACUGUGCCCGCGAUUCAGCCCUGAAGGCCCAGAGCGCCCUGCACGAACAGAAGACGCUUCCAGGGAUGAACAGGCCGAUCCAGGUCAAGCCAGCCGACAGCGAGAGCCGAGGAGAAGACCGGAAGCUCUUCGUGGGGAUGCUAGGGAAGCAGCAGACAGAUGAGGACGUCCGGAAGAUGUUCGAGCCCUUUGGGACCAUAGACGAGUGCACUGUGCUGCGGGGGCCCGAUGGCACCAGCAAAGGCUGCGCCUUCGUGAAGUUCCAGACCCACGCCGAGGCCCAGGCGGCCAUCAACACCCUUCACAGCAGCCGGACCCUGCCGGGUGCCUCGUCCAGCCUGGUGGUGAAGUUCGCUGACACGGAGAAGGAGCGAGGUCUCCGCCGGAUGCAGCAGGUGGCCUCCCAGCUGGGCAUGUUCAGCCCCAUCGCCCUCCAGUUCGGAGCCUACGGCGCCUACACUCAGGCCCUGAUGCAGCAGCAGGCGGCCGUGCUGGCGGCUCACAGUGCCUACCUCAGCCCCAUGGCCACCAUGGCUGCCGUGCAGAUGCAGCACAUGGCCGCCAUCAACGCCAACGGCCUCAUAGCCACUCCCAUCACCCCGUCCUCAGGAACCAGCACCCCUCCUGCCAUCGCUGCCACGCCUGUCUCGGCAAUCCCUGCUGCCCUGGGUGUCAACGGUUACAGCCCGGUGCCCACCCAGCCCGCCGGGCAGCCUGCCCCUGAUGCUCUGUAUCCCAACGGGGUUCACCCCUACCCAGCCCAGAGCCCCGCAGCCCCCGUGGACCCCCUGCAGCAGGCCUACGCAGGGAUGCAGCACUACACAGCAGCCUACCCGGCAGCCUACAGCCUGGUUGCACCUGCGUUCCCGCAGCCCCCUGCCCUGGUGGCCCAGCAGCCCCCGCCACCCCCCCAGCAGCAGCAGCAGCAGCAGCAGCGGGAAGGCCCUGACGGCUGCAACAUCUUCAUUUACCACCUGCCCCAGGAGUUCACUGACUCAGAGAUCCUUCAGAUGUUUGUCCCCUUUGGCCAUGUCAUCUCAGCCAAAGUCUUUGUUGACCGGGCCACCAAUCAGAGCAAGUGUUUUGGCUUUGUGAGUUUCGACAAUCCAGCCAGUGCCCAGGCCGCCAUCCAGGCCAUGAACGGUUUCCAGAUUGGCAUGAAGCGCCUCAAAGUCCAGCUGAAGCGGCCGAAGGAUGCCAACCGGCCCUACUGAGGGUGCCCAGGUCUGGAGACACCACAGGAAGGGGCACCUCACCCCUCUCCCCACGACUGGCCCCAGCCCUCUCUGCACAUCUGCCCUGGGCCUUGAUUGGGCUCUGGGGCAAAAGCUGCUUCAUGGCCCUGGGGGCACAGGACACCAGCCCACUCCUACCGCCCGCCUCUCCCAAAGGGCCUGUCUCCUCCCAGGUGCCCUUUUGGCCUUUGUGAGGGAGCAAGGAACAGGCCGGAAGGCUCCGGGGUGUCUGCCUUCUGUGCCCAGCUUUCGCACUUGCCUCCCCCAGCAGCGGCCUGGUCUCCCCCUGCGGCUCCCGGAGGGCAGCGGGGCUCCCACACACUCCCCACCCACCCUUGUCCCAGCCUCGUCCCCGCUUUAGGGGUUUCUCAGAAGCUGGUUCUCACGCUCCCUGCCACCCUCAACUAGAGGUAGGAUGUCCUGAACCCCGGGCUCCCAGCCCUAAAACUCACUGCCUCCCCCAAGGGCCCCCUCCCAGGAGGGUGUGGGGGAGCCCUGAGGGCUGCCUUCCACCAGUCAGCCACAGAGACCCUCUUCCUUCCAUGAGGAAAAGACCUCCCCCGAACCCCUAAAAAUGUUUACAGUCUCUGCUGGUCCCCUCCGUGUAAAUACCACUACCAGCCGUGCGUUAUCCAGCCCGGCCCGGCCCGGACGCUGCCAUCUCUCUUUCUGGGAGUUUAGACAAUGUUUCCCUUGGAUUUUUUUCUCUCUUGAUUUCUCCCUUUGCUUUGGGGGGGUAAUUGGGUAUUUGGGCGGAAGGGUGUGGGGAGGGAUAAAGGGCUUUAUUACCUGAUCAUUUUCUUUAGGAAGAGGUUUUAGGGAAAAGAAAUGGGUGGGGGCGGGAGUGGUAAGGGGAGACAGGGGAGUCCGUUUCAGACAGUUCUCUAUGCUUAACUUAUUUAUUUAUUGCAUUUUACUUUUAAAGAGUCCGUCUUUUCUGUCUAAAUAAAGAAAAAAGUUUAAAAGCAUCAAAUGAGAGUCUUGGAAGGUGGAGGGUAGGGUUUGUGCCCACGGGAGGUGUGUGUGGCGGGGGAGGUGAAGAGAGAGGUUUGGGAGAGAAGACUGUCAGGAAGGGCCAGCCCUCACCUCUGAGAAGGUUUACGCCUUGAUCGUGGCUCCGUGACCCUUUCCUUCUGCCCUUCUGUGGGGCUUAAUUCUGGAAUGUUCUGCAGAGCUGGGCACAGGGGGGAGAAGGCAAGUCAGCAGGCCCCUCCUGCCAGCGGUGUCCCUCUGAAGGCUGAGGACUUGUAGCCUCACUUUCCAGACCCCCACGCCCCUCCUCGUUCAUGUGGGGGAGCUGCCCCAGAGCCCGGCCGGCCGUGGAGACGCUGGUAUCUAACUACCAGCACCAUUAUGAAGCAUUUCCCUACAUGAUGCUUUUCUAGGCCCUUCACGUGCAUUUCCUCACUUAACCUCCCACCAACCCCGUCAGACAGG